AGUCAUGCUUGCUUGGAAGAAUUUGAAGUCGGUCUUUCUUCCUCAAAAAACAGGCUUAUUUUCUCUCAUUGCACUCCUCUUCCUCCUUGUCAACAAGCCAUCUUUGGUCCUUUUCCUCUGUAAUGCAUCAGUUCUCUGUGUUAGAUCUGGGUCCCUAGGCUUUGCUUCAUGAAAAUGAAUUCUCCAUAGUGCUCCUGACAAAGGAGGAAAAAAUACUUGAAUGAGACAUGUCUGUAGCAAAAGACAAUACAACUAAAUCUUGAGCUGUGAAGCUGGGAUGCUCCUGGUAGUCGUCCUGAAGGCCCAUGUUUGUCCUGUCCAACCACACCACAAAUGUGUGUGCACAUUGAGGGAGUCUCUCCCCCUUGAAGAGUGCUAAUGGGCUAAAAAUUGGUGCUUUGAGAGACCUGGUUUGAGGAAAAGAGGAGUAGAAGUAGUACAGCUUGACCUCACCAAACCCAUUGAAGAUCAGGGACCUUUGGAUGUGAUCAUACAUAAACUGACCGACGUCAUCCUUGAAGCAGACCAGAAUGACAGCCAGUCACUCGAGUUGGUUCAGAGGUUCCAGGAGUAUAUUGAUGCUCAUCCUGAAACCAUUAUCCUGGACCCUCUUCCAGCUAUUCGUACGCUUCUGGACCGAUCCAAGUCUUAUGAGCUAAUUCGGCAAAUAGAGGCAUACAUGCAAGAUGAGAGGAUCUGUUCACCACCCUUUAUGGAGCUGACAAGUGCCUGUGGAGAAGAUACCUUGCAGCUUAUAGAGAAGAAAGGACUUGCUUUCCCAUUCAUUUGUAAAACCAGAGUGGCCCAUGGAACCAACUCUCAUGAGAUGGCGAUCAUCUUCAACCAGGAGGGCCUGAAAGCUGUCCGCCCCCCUUGUGUCAUUCAGAGCUUCAUCAAUCACAAUGCCGUGCUCUAUAAAGUCUUUGUGGUCGGGGAAUCCUACACCGUGGUGAAAAGACCAUCUUUAAAGAACUUCUCUGCAGGAAUCUCAGACAGAGAAUCAAUAUUUUUCAACAGCCACAAUGUUUCAAAGCCAGAAUCCUCAUCUGUCUUAACAGCACUGGAUAAAAUCGAAGGAGUGUUUGAACGGCCAAAUGACGACGUCAUCCGGGAAAUCUCUAAGGCACUGCGGCAAGCUCUGGGAGUUUCCCUCUUUGGAAUUGACAUCAUCAUCAACAAUCAGACCGGGCAGCACGCGGUCAUUGAUAUAAAUGCAUUCCCAGGUUACGAGGGUGUUUCUGAGUUUUUCACAGAUCUCCUGAACCACAUCGCUGCUGUCCUGCAGGGUCAGGUGCCUGAGGUGACCCAGCUAAACCGCAGCAAGCUCCUGGCUGAGCAGACCAGCGGGAUCAUGGACGAGCGGAUAUGCUGCACUAGCACAGGCUGUCUCAGCGUCAUGGGCAAAGACUCCUCCUGGAUUGUGGAAAGCGAGACCAACAGCUCAGUAAAACUGCAACACCAGAGACUAGGCUGCAACUCGGCAGUGUCCCCCAGCUUCCAGCAGCAUUGCGUCGCUACGUUGGCAACAAAAGCUUCUUCUCAAUAACCUGCCAAUGCCAUGGACUGAGAAAAAGCCACAGGGAUACAAAUUGUGGUCCCCAAACCAGAUCAGGCUGUAUCAAUACAAUUCUGGAAAAAAAGAAAAAAACACAAAACCAAACAACCAAACAACACAAAAAAAGCAAAAUAAAAAAACCCUUCCAUUUGAUUUAACCUGAUUUGCUGAUGAAAUGGACUGAAAGGUGGAGGGCAAGAAAGGGAUUCAGAUCCAUUUCAUCAGAUUCCAGUUGCAAAUCUGUAGUGAGUUUACAUACACAUGGGUUUUAACACUAGUCCUUUCAUUGUGGGAGGGUUGCUCUUUCAUUUCUAUUGUUCCUUGUAAUCACUGAUGACCAGCAUUUUAAAAUCGUACCUCAUGGUAUCAAGAAGAUAAUAAUGUUGAAAUGCAGUGUCUGAAUGUAACAGUGCUAGAGAUUUUUGCCUAAGAUAUUCCCUGUUCCCUUUUUCCACGUAGGCCAUUGCAAAAGGAAGCUAAGACAAUUUCAGUAUCACUAAACCAAAUCUCUUGAAACAUUGACCAGUCAAGAUGUCGGCAGGCAGCUCGCUGUGAAGCCGUGGCACUUUGAGUAGGACAGAGUAGGGUGGUUGUUCAGGGUGCAGAACGGAGGUGGCCACCCAGUUCCAGCAUUGCAGUUCUUCCCCCAGGCCUCAUUGCUUCCCUCAAAAGCAGCUUCUAACUACACUUGUCAACAGUGACACGUCUGAUCCAGACAGGGUGCCGACAGUUAGGCUGAGUUAGUAGAUUAAAUACCAUCCUUUCAAUCAUCUGCUGGUGGUGAAAUCCUAGAAGAGUUAAUGGAAGCAGCUCAUCUCUUAGAGAAUUUUAUUCUGUCUCCAUUGCGCUUGUGAGGACUGUGGGACAGCUCUGCAGAAAGGCUGGCAAACAGAACCGUACGUUUUCCUUGGAGCAGUGCACCUGAGCUGUGGAUCCUGAGGGGUGGCACAGUUGCUGCCUUCCACAGAUCCAUGCUGUUGUGCAUUUUGUUUUUCUUUUUCAAAUUGAAUCUAAGCAGAAUUAUGUACCUUUGUACUUCUGUACAUGACAACUCUAGCUUAGAGACCACGUUAUUUUGUUGGAAGCUGCCAGAUGAGGUCGUGUGGUAAUUUACAAUAGUGCUUUAUACUGUUUGGAAGCUAUAGCACACCCAAAUUGUAUCUGUUGAGAUAUGCAGUAAACCUCCAAUGUUCACCCUCUAUUGCAUCUUCUGGCAUGGCAGCACCUUCUGCUGUUGAGAAUUCCUCCAGCUUUUGCCAGUUCUGAACACUAAGCUGGGAAUAUUCAAGUCAGCACUGAAAACAGAGACACUAUUUUGGUGUGGCCUUCCCUUCCCCAUAUAAGCCCUAAAAUAUAUUUAAUAGGGGUGGUGUUAAGAAAAUUUCCUUAGUUAAGCUCCCAGCUUGCAGAUGUGGGAAUUUCUGUCUUUCUAUAGCAGGUAUUUGUAAAGCAUCCAUCGCUGCAGCAUUUUAUACCAGUUUGUUUAGCAUCAUGUGUUAGAUACCUACUUGAAAGGAUCUAGAGCUUCAAGGCCAGGUAGACUGUGGAGAAAGGAGUAAACUUUGUAGCAGAUGUCACUGUCCUACCUGAUGGUACCAGUCCUGGAGGGGAAAAAGUUUUCCGGAGCGUUGUGUAGCAGUUCUUUUGUGUGAACAAUGUUUUUUCCUGAGGAGAGAUUUGGUUUGUUCCCAAAAUGCCAUUCUUGGGAAUUUCCUGUAGCUGGAAUCGGAUUUUCUAGGAUAAUUUAAGAAGAGAUUAUUCCACCGUAUUUCUAUAGGGAGUGGAAGGACCUUAUGAGUGUGGCGUCUGUCGAAUUCCAGGGUGCAUGAGUGCAGCCAGCGUCCCAGACUCUUGCAGGUCAGUUCCGAGCUGGGGGCGCGUCCCAGCCCUCGGGUGCUGUGAGGCUGCUGGUGCCACAUUGUCAGCAGCUCGCAGGUGUCGGGUGGUCGUGGUGUGAGUGAGCCGGAUGUACAUAGGUGAGGGCUUGUAAAAUAUUCCUGAUAGACCAAACCUUUCGCAAAGCCAUGACUGAAAUAAAUUUGACAACUACAGUUUGUUUUUGUUCUGUUAAAAGUGUUUUUACGUUACAUGUGUAACAAAAGAUACCCUCAGGAAGGAACUUGCCAGUGCAUAUUUUUGUAUGGUACUUACUUGUAACCAGCUGGUGGAGUGUUUGUAGACUUGCCUUUUGCUCCCUUUAUUACAGUGGCUUGGGUUUUUUUGGGCUUUUUGUUUUGGUUUGGGGUUUUUUUUUGGGUGGUGGGGAAGAAUCAAUGAUGUUAAAACUGGGUUAGUAACUGAAGACCUUUCAAACUAAGUAUGUUUACACGAAUCUGAGUGUUGGAUCCAAUGGAAAUGUCUGUAUGCUGUUUCCUAGUUAGAACAUCAAAUAAGAACUUUAUUUUCUGGCUGCCUUCUGAAUUUUGGUUGGCCUAUUUUGCACUGCUUUAUUUCUCCAAAAUAAACUACUGAAAUAUAAUUGUGCAUUUUAAACUUGUUUACAAAUGAUUGUUAGAAGUUUAUUUUGUAAUUCUCUGAAGGCUUGCAGAAAUACUAUAUUUAAAUAUUACUCCAGACCUUGGCAGUAACUAGAAGACAAGUUUAGGUCAUUGGUGUGAUCAGUGACAUUUUUCCCAUAGUCUGUAAUUUAUUUUUUAUUUAUCAAAUGUAUCAGUAUCACUUUAAUAUAGCAGGUGCAGAUAUGCAGGUACCUGUUGUGAUGUGGCAUUACAGUAGAGUUUUCACAUAAAUUACCAUGCAAUUGCUCUACUCCUGUAUUUCCUUGCAGAAAUUAUUGCUAUGACUUAUAUACUAGAAUGUUGCUAAAUCACAGGGGCAAACUGGGAGACCAACUUUAAAAGCCAAAACUGUAAAUUACCAAGUGUCCAGAUAUACAUUAUUGCAAAACAUUUGAGCAUGUGUAUGUUAUUAAGCCUGUGCUAAAGUGCUUUUCUGAAUUGCUGCCUCGUUUGAUAAGUUCAGGAUAGUUUUGAUUUGAGAUAAGCUUCACAGUAAGUUAGUUAAUAUUCUCGAGACUUGUCUUUUUUAAGUAGAGGAGUCUAGUAAUAUUAGACCAUACCAGAAUGCCCUUGCUCUUAAAAUUGCAGAUAAUCUGAGGGAGAUUUUCCAUAGUAUCUGUUUGAAUUUUGUUAUUGUGGGUUAGGAAAGGCUCUGCUGUGUUUUCAGAGGCAUAGCUAUUACUGCUGUGUUGAUGGGAGCAAUUAUAUUAAAAUCAGAUAGUUGCCAGUUAGCUUCUUAGGGAUCUACUUCUCUUCUACUUCGCUGUUAGAAAUCCACAAGAACACCCUUAGCUUGACUGGAAUUUCUCCAGGUUUUGUGUCAGCAUGCUGAAGAAGGAGAUGGGACUCUGGUUUCCACUGUAAAUAUGUCAUCAGCUCCAGUAGGUGAAGAUUUUUCCCUGUUGAAGAGGACAUGAGUGGUAUCAUUACUGCCUGCGAUGCAAAGCCCUCACCAUCCUCCUCCCCUUCUAGCUGACUUUGCCGCCUUGUGCUUGCGUUUGCAGUGACUGCGCCAGAACGUCCCCAUCGUUCCGUGAAAACCAGCUGCAGAAAGGCAGCCUAACUGGGAGCACUGGUGCUGGCGGUUGUGGUUUGUGGAACGCAGAGCUGCUGCUGGGCCGAUGCCCUUCUGCCUUUGGUUAACCACGAGUCUGGCUGCUCAGCCUCUGUGCUGUGGGAGCCAGUUGGCAUUAAAACUGUUCAGGCUGCCGGAAUGAUAAAGCUGUUUAAUGAUCUCCAUCCUCAACGUGGGAAUGUUUGUGCAGAGGAGGUCUGCAGCAGGUUGAUCAGAUGGAAAACCACCAAUUUAAUUUGUUUUCAUUAUAGAUGAGAACAAGUUAAGAACCCGACCCUGAGGCUUCACGAGGUAACAAGAAUUGCUGAAGAUAAAGCCUCAAGUUCUCCAGGUUAACUGCGGGCUGUAUCCAGCCAGGAAACAACCAGGUGGAGUAGUGGGUAGAUAAAAGUCAGGAUACAGUCCAAAGGCAACAGAAUAAAUGGGGCCAGAGGUGUUUGAUUUGGAUGGCAAAAAAGGAGCAAAACAAAAAAUUCUUCUGAUGUUACCAUAAAAUAUAAAAAAAUCCAGGCUUAUCAGUUCUUAGAUUACCACUGUUUUCACAAAGUCUUUGUGUGGCAGCAGUGACAGGUGAGUCAGGCUUUUUCACACUGGCAUGCAGCCUUGCCUUCCACAGCUGUGUAGAAAAUCUUGGAUUUGGGUUUUUUUUUAGUGAAUAGAGUCUGUUGAGUUUGUAGCAGUCUCCCCAUGUGCACGCUUGCAGGAGUUCACUUGCAUUGCCCUGCUAAUUUUCUUUUCCUCUCUCUUUUGUAGCAAGAGAUGUAUUGAUUUCUGUAUUCAGUAUACAAUUACUUUAUGGUGUUGCAACUCUGUGUUUUGUAAUUAGGAGUAUGUGAAAAUGCUUUGUAUAGAUUAAAAUAUUUCCUUUAAUAUAAUCUUGCUUUCGCAGAGAAACAGACACACCGUUGCAGAUCACAUUGCUGAUUUUAUUUGUAAUAUUGCUUUAAUAUCUAUUUCAGAGGAAUGUAACCUCCAGAAAAGUACUUUCCACAUCUUCACUACCUUUCCUUUCCUUUCCUUUCCUUUCCCUGUUCUCUCUGUGUGGAUCCAGGCCAUCAACUCUUGAGCUUUUGACCAGAUGGUUUUCAGAUCCUCCCUGGAUCCUGUCAUGUUUACAUGGCCACAGAAAUUGUUAGAUUUCUGAAGUUUGAGAGGAUCCAGGUAUAAAUGGAGGUGUUAGAGCGAUUCCUCAGCAACAUAAGCGCAAUAGCAUCUGUAGCGAGCAAAGGCCCCGACUGUUUCUGGCUGUGUGCGUGCAGGUGGCUGCUGGGGCCUGGCCCACCCCUGCUGCUGGGCGUGAUUUCCCGUGGAAGUGAAAAAUCCACUGUAAGAAAACACCCUGUAUCUGCGAUGCAGAAGGAGAGCGGGGAGAGGUAGGGCCUGGGAGUCAGAUCCCGGCCAGCGGACACUGUGAUACCCGUGGUCCAGAAUUCCACUGUGUUUUAUAAUAGCAACCCAGGGAGAUGUUUUCUCUUCCUCUCCACCUUUUUACCCUGCCUCCCCUGGGGCUGACACCAGCAGGUGCCUGUGGGCUACAAGAGCUGGUUAGCAGGUGACCUUGCCCCAUGUGCCAUGAGGUUGCAAAGUUCUUGUUGAUGGCCUGGAAAUCUCUUGAAAUUCCAGAAGUAGCUGAAAUGACAAAUGGAGUUCAUGAAAAUCAGGUCUUCCUCUUCCAUCCUUUUUAAAGAAACCCACAUUUUAUUUCCUUCUUCAUUCUUUACACAGUAGUUUUUAGAUAUAAAUUAUUUUAACAUUUUUGUGUGAAAAGACAUAUAUACGUAUAUGAAGUUAUUAAAAGGUUGAGUAUAUGUUGAGUAUAAAAUAGUGACUUCUUUGUUUCAGAUAUUAGCAGCCCCUAAAAAUGAGUUGUUUAUCCUCUUGUAAAGUCAGUCAGUGCUGUCAAAAAAAAUAUUAAAAAUAAAAGAUGUAUUAGAUGUAUCUUUUAUUAUUUAUUUCUGAUUCAGUAUUGGAUACAGCUUGCGUAUACCAUUGUGAGAACCACAUACUAAAAUGCAGUCGUACUUAAAAUGGAGUAACAAUGUUUCCUUGGGAUCCCAACAGUUUUGAACAAAGUGGCCCUCUGGGUGUGAAUAGUGUUGGAUUUUCUCCUUCACUCUCCAGCAUCACUUCCCGCCUAAGCAUGGCUGAAUAUUUGGGGACCAUUUUGUGUAUGUACUAAGUUUCUCAAGUUCAUAGAUAUCUGUGUUCACAUCCAGCUGUACAGUGUUAACAAGCGUGUCUUGUGAUUCACUUCAGCCCAGUUCACUAUGGUUUCUGAAACAUAAUUCCCAUUUUGUACUUAAAUUUGUAUAGAAUGAUAUAAACCCUUGAAAGAUCAUGGCUUACUGUAAAAACCAAAAAUACUUGCUAUUUGGCAUCUUACUUCAAUUGCAUGACUAAUCAGAUCAGACAAUGGAGAUGGUGCUUUCAUCUAACAUCAUUGAUUUCUAUAGUAAUAUAUUAAUUUUCUCUUCAUUUGCCAAGCACCUGUUUUGGACAAUGUUUUGGUUUCAACGGUAAAGCAAUAUGCAGUAGGUAUUGUGGCAUUCUCUCUGUAAUUGUUUUGAAGACAGAAUUGUCCCUUUCCAACACAUAAUGAAAAUAAAUGCCUUAUAACAAGUUCUA